ACAUCCAACCCAUUUAUGUCUUGUACAAACGGCUGAAUGAAAUGUUCAAAUUGAUAUUCCAUUUAUAGUCAUCGAAAGAUAAACAAAAAUCUCUGAAAAACUCUUAAGGCCAUUCAAAAACGACGUCAAACGAAUUUUCGAUAUUUCUCAUCCCGCCCCUUCGUCACAGCCCUAUCAUAUCGGCGAACAUUAAUCGUAUAGUUGUCGAAGGAUAGCAUGAUUUUUCGUCGCCGAUCGCCCAUUUCCAAAAUAAAUUUCCACGCCGUACCGUUCCACGUUCCAAAUUAACGAAAUAGUUAUUACUAGUCCAGUAGUCCUAGUGCAGAGCAGGCCAUCAUAGGUUUAAAACAUGAACUAUUCUGUACAAAUCACGGGCCCAGCUCUUUCAUUUCUCAAUUUUUCAGUCUCAUCACGCUUGAAAGAAGGAUUUCUUCUUGGAAGAUUUGAAGAACAGCAGGUUGAAACAAUCUCAGAUUCAAGUGAACAUUAUGUUAAACAAGAAACAAUCAUAAGAGUUUCUGGGGUCUUCCCUUGUUCAUUAACUCCAAAACUAUUUGAUUCAUUUGAAAAUGAGACAUUGAUUCCAAACCAAGGUGAUUCUAUUGUUGUAGGCUGGUUCAGUGGCAGAAAGAAUUGCCAACUCAAACCAUCUUUUCGUGAAACAGCCUUGCACACGAAGCUAAAUGAACAUUUCAACAAAAAUUCUGCACAAAGAUUUAUAUUUGUCUUAGUUCAAGAUAUGAUUAAUCAGGUUAGCAUUACGCGUGAAUUUCAGGCCAAGUUCUUUCAGUUUGAUAACACAAAAAGAAAGUGGCUCCCUUUAGUUGGAUCUAUCCUCAACUGGAAUCAGGGAGCGAGUCUCUCCAAAAAAUCUGCAUAUAGAUCAUUGCCUACGCUUGAGCCUGGCCUACUGUCAUUGUUUGAAGAACCACAUAAAAAUAAGGGGUUGACUGAUGAAAAACUCAUUGAGGCCGUUACCGAAACUGCUCACAACUACCUGACAGAGGCAUUGGAAAGGAUAGUUAAAAUUCGCUCAGAAAUUGCACAAGUAGAACUUCAGAUUGCUAGUUUGGAAGAAGCGGAGAGUAGCGGUGCGAGCUCAAUGGAAACGAACGAUGACCAAAAAGAUGUUUCAGCAGAGGGCCGAUUGCCAAAUAAUUCCCUUCCUUCUCUAGCAUCGAGUCUUCGAAAUCGUGGUAAACUUUCGUCUUUGUGCAUUCAAGAGAGAAAUGAUGCUUCGGAAACUUCAAUACCGUCAACAGCAUUUCACAGCUCAUCUGAUCAAAGCGCCUCUCCGUCUAAAACGUCUUCGCAAGAAUAUUAAAUAUCUUAAGAAAUUCAUCGAUUGAAUUUGAAGUUGACCUAGAAUACUUCACUCAUAUCAUAUGUGAAACUGGCUAACCAUAAUAUAAUCAAUGUGUGUGCCCAGCGAAUAAAUGUACAGCCUUUUUAUUGUGA